AUGUCUAUCGUGCCAUCCAACCUGACUUUCCUCUCCUGGGGCAGCACCGCGGGUCUUGUCUACAGCGAUCCCAAAACCAACGUCGUUGCCUGGUUGAGGUAUACUGGCACCGAGCUCAGUCCAACGGGCGGCGGCCAGCCUGAUACGCAGCAAUACGCGGUGCAAAAUGCAAUUCUAGUUGGAAAAAAGACCAUCGUCGAGGCUCAUCCUGGCAAGGUUGCAGCAUUCCAUUACUUGGACAAAGUGGGCGGCCAGGAGAUAUAUCAAAUUCGCUUGUACUACAUCCAAAAGACACAGCCGAAAGACGACGCUGGCGAACCAAACCAAAUCAGGCAAGUCUGUUAUACUCAGUCAGUCGCCGACUUCAAGGCAAACAAGCCAUCCGAAUGGUAUCGAGGUCCCAAGGGCGCCGAUACUUUCGACGUCAAAAAGUUCAUCGCCGCCCCGGACUCGCCACUCACCGUGGGGUUCGAUCAGGGAUUUGUGAGGCUCUACUACAAGAGGCCUGAUGAGAACAAGCUGCGGGUUGCGUUCACCACCGGCAGCCCUUCUCCCGAUGGGAACGACGUGUGGAAGGAGCGGGUGGCUGCUGAAAAGUUUUGA